UCACAUUUGCCUCAUGUGAGCUUGCCAGAUGCUCAAACCAGAGAAACUACUCUCCUCCAUUUCCCGCCAAUUCCCAUCACUCAAACCCACACAACUCGACGAAUCACUCCCCCGCGCCCUCGCGAGAGACUUCCUCCGCCUCCUAAAAAAAUGCGUCUCCGUGAACCAACUCCGAGAGAUCCAAGCCCAGAUGCUAUCAAACUCCGUCUACAAACCGAACUUCCUGAUCCCCAAGGCCGUCGAUCUCGGAGACUUCCCUUACGCCUCCUCCCUCUUCUCCGCGACCGAACAACCGAACCACCACUCCUUCAAUUUCAUGAUCCGAGGCCUCACCAACACGUGGCGCGACCUCGGGGUCGAUAGAUCUGUCCACUCGUCGCUGUUCAAAGCCGGGUUGGAGAGAGACGACCACGUGAACCAUUCCUUGAUCGCUAUGUAUAGUAGAUGCGGUCGUGUGGGGGAUGCGCGGAAGGUGUUCGACGAAAUUACCGAGAGGGGUUUGGUGUCUUGGAACUCGAUGAUCUCUGGGUAUUUGGUCGCGGGAUGUGCGGAAGACGCGGUGGGUUUGUUUGGGGAGAUGAUGGAGGAGGAAGGAGGAGUUGAGCCUGAUGAGAGGACGUUGUGAAUGGUGAGUGUGUUGGGUGCUUGUGCGAGUUUGGGGGAUUUGAAAACUGGUGGAUUGGUUGAGGAGAUAGCUGUGAGGAAGAGGAUUGGGUUGAGGGCGUUCCUUGGGUCUAAGUUGAUCAGUAUGUAUGGGAAAUGCGGUGAGUUGGAUUCGGGUAGAAGGGUUUUUAGUGAGAUGGUUAACAAGGACCGUGUUGCUUGGAAUGCUAUGAUCACUGUAUACUCGCAAAACGGGAGGUCGAGUGAAGCUAUUAAGCUGUUUCGUGAGAUGGAAGAUUCAAGAGUUUCUCCUGACGCUAUCACGUUUUCUACAGUGCUGUCUGCUUGUGGUUCAGUUGGAGCUUUUGAGUUAGGCAAACGGAUCGAGACAUACGCUUUGGAAACAGGCUUGCAAUAUACUCCCUCUGUUCCUAAAUACUUGAUUAACAUUUACGUGGCUACAGGACUGGUUGAUAUGUACGGGAAGUGCGGAAGCAUAGAGGAAGCUCUUAGAGUAUUUGAGGCAAUGCCGGUGAAAAACGAAGCCACUUGGAACGCUAUGAUAUCUGCGUAUGCGCAUCAUGGACAAGGUCAAGAAGCACUAUCGCUGUUUGAUCAAAUGUCAGUUCCUCCAAGCGAUGUUACGUUCGUGGGAGUGCUCUCUGCUUGUGUCCACGCGGGUUUGGUCGAUCAGGGCCGUAGAUAUUUCCAUGAGAUGAGCUCCACGUUCGGGUUGGUUCCGAAAAUCGAGCAUUACACAAACGUGAUCGACCUCCUAUCUCGUGCGGGGAUGUUAGAGGAGGCGUGGGAGUUGAUGGAGAAGUUUCCUGGGAAGCCAGACGAGAUCAUGCUGGGGGCGAUUCUUGGAGCGUGUCAGAAGAGAAGAGACGUGGUGGUCGGAGGGAAAGCGAUGAGGAUGUUGAUGGAGAUGGAAGAGGCGAAGAACGCAGGGAACUAUGUUUUAUCUUCCAAGGUUUAUGCGGAUAUGAAGAUGUGGGAUGAAUGUGCGAAGACGAGGGCGUUGAUGAGAGAGAGAGGCGUGGUUAAGACACCGGGAUGUAGCUGGAUAGAGAUGGAGGGUGAGUUAAUGGAGUUUAAUGCAGGAAGCGGUUGGUUACAGUGUGGCAAGGAAGAUUCAGGUUCUUCGUUGUACGGUUUGUUGGUAGAGGAGAUGAAGAGUGAAAGGUAUGAUUAUCCAGUUUUGAGCUGCGACUUUCUGAAGAUGUAAUGGUUGGUAAAAGAUGUGAGUUAUUAACGCGUCUUCUCUGUGACUUUUCAAAGUAGUGUAAAGAGUUAUAGGUUCAUGACGAUAUGAUUUCAUGUGAUACUUGUGUAUUGUGGGGCUGAAUGGGUGGUUAGAUGUCAUAAGUACACUAACUUAUGACUUUGUCUACAAGCAUUUGUUUUGAAUUAUACAAGUUUUAUAACAAUCUAAAGGCCA